AUGAAUCAAGACAAAUCAUCCCAAAUUGCAACUGGUCCCCUUCCCAAAAGUGUCAAGGUUCGAACAACGUGCAAUGCUUGCCAGCAGGCGAAGAUACGAUGCAGCCAUGAAAAACCGUCCUGUUUAAGAUGUCAAAAGCAUAACUACAGCUGUAUUUAUAGCAUCUCUCGACGAUUGGGAAGACCAGCCAAGAAAAAAGACACUACAACGAAUGACAAUUCCCUGCAUUCAAAUCAGAAACAUGGCCGGGGUCCUUUGGAUAAGAGGUUCCGUGGGUAUCCCAGGAGAAAGAGAAUCAUAGAGGAGCCGAUGCAAGAGCCCAGAGCGAGCUUAUCAAGUUACAAGUGUGUUGAUGAGGGAACAGUGCUGGACAACACGGCAAGCGAUAACUUGGAUAGUCUUGUUCCUGAUGAUGCAAGUCUGCACCAAGACUGCUUCAUGGAUCCUAAUAGUAUGAGUUCCCUUUCCGACGGCAACGACCUUUCGUCAGACAACUGGUUGCAGGAAUUCAUGUCUAACCCUGUUACUGAUUUCGAACAAGAACGCGAGCUGCUGGACUCUCUGGGCUUCAGCACCACUAAAGCCGAGAGUGUCAACGAUAUCAGUCCUUCUCAUUCGAGCCACUUUACGAGUCCAUCACGGAGUUUCCUUACUACGGAGUGUCAUGAUCAAGCCCCUGAGUGCUAUUAUCUAGCACCAAGCAACUUCCCCAGUCACGGCCACUCCCCUGUCAACGGCACACAUGGGGUAGAGAAUAGUCGGACCUCUGAUUCCGAAGUCUUGAAGAAAGACACUCUUGCCUGGCUGCAACCGGUCACAUCAUCGACAGACGGGAUCCCGCCGACAGUAACAAAACCCAUGACGAUGGCAGAACCUUCCAGCAGCUUCAAUCCCGUCAGGGCUGCAAAGCGCGAUACCACCUACAACUACGUGCCUGGAAACUUCAAGGCCAAUGCCAACAUGAGUGGGCGUCAAUAUCAGUGUCAAUGUCACGAACCUACCAUACGCGAAUUGAUCCAGGUUAACAACUUCGCCUCGCGUGCCGGGCCUGCAGCUACUAUCGACUCGAUCCUGAACUGCCAACGUGUGCUGCAGCAACUUUCGCACACCAUUCUUCAAUGCAACAUAUGCUCCCGUACUUGGAUCAACCUCCUCAUGAUGGUCAUUAUCAGCAUUGACAGCCUGGUGACAGCUCUAGAAGCUAUCAUAUCGCUGGACAGUGGGCUUGCAGAGCGGUUGUUCGGAGAGUAUUCUGAGCCCCUCUCUCCCAGCACCAAGCCCGACAAUGUUGCCAACGCCAACUUGAGGCGAUAUCGAGCGAACGACCUCUAUCUCAACACCCAGGUUGAUGCGUGUCCGUUGGUGGUAGGAGGGUUCUAUGUUCCAUUUGAAGAGAAAUUUCUUUUUAUCACGCAGGUCCUCUACCUCCGCCUGUCGGAGUUGCAGAUGACCGUGCGUCGCAUUCGUUUAUGUACUCAAGAAUUUUUGGCUGUUCCUGCUGCCCGGGGCAGGCUGGUGAUGAUAAUGGAGACAGAUCAAAGCGGAUGUUCAUGCUCGAUACGUCUGCUGCAGAUCAUGAAUGAAUGUCGGAACCUGCAGCCGGUCGUAGAGCUGGCCACCAUCCUAGACCUUGUCCAUCGGGUUGUCCUCCAGGGGAAAGCGAUGGUCAAAUGCAAGGGCUGCCGCAACGACCCUCACUCGUCCUUUGCGAUGCUGCCCGCGCUGGCGGAGCAGUGUCUGACCCUUCUCGAGGCCGGAUGCCUAGCCUACAACAUCACAAGUACCAACACGCUGCUGGACCCCACGGUCCUAACGUUCGAACAGCCUCUGUCACAGUACAUUUGCCUACGCAGCCCAUCGCAGCUGGGUCAGAUGGAGCUCGACGAGAAGGAAGCCACGCUUCUGCCUGCGUUUCCACCCGGACAUGCUGUGCUGCAUCCGUGCGAGUCGGUGGUUGAUACCGCCCUCCGGCGGUUUACGGUCUUCCUGGAACAAAUCAAACUCGAG